GGUUGCUUUUUAUAGCAUGGAAUUGCUAAAGGGGCUAAAGAAAAUAUUUAUUAUUUGUAUUAUACCUUGUGUUUUAUUGGUUAGUCACUCUUCUUUUUUCCUUUUUUUUUUUUACUUUGACUCUUGGACAACUUCCCUUACAGGCGCACAAAUUAGAUUAAUCCACCGACGUGCCUGUCUCGUGAUGUGUGUGUGUGUGUGUGUGUGUGUGUGUGUGUGGAAGGAUCUGAUUCUGAUUCUGAUGUCACGGUCCCGGCCCGGGUGGCGGUCACUCCUCCUCCUCCUCCUCCUCCUCCUCCUCCUGGAAGAUCGGGAUGUGCACAAUGCACCAUAUCUGUCACGUCUCCCCGGCCCAACCCCAUGAGCGGCGGACAGCGGGUGGGCUGCGUGAAGUCUGCGAGGGGGCUUUUCUGAGACUUUCUGCCUUCGCCUGUGCCCCAGAGCAACAAAAAAAACAACACCCUGGGCCGCUGGGCACGUGAGGAAGUUCAGCAGCUGUUUGACCGGGGCUCGUCACCGCGUCACGCGGCGCCCGCGCUCCGAUUGGCCCGCGCUUGUGCAACAGUGCAGCCGUAUAAACUCUGCACUUUUGAAACGGAGUUGGCAGAAGAGUCCUGCAGGGGAUCGCAUCGGCCUCGGUGGUGGAGAGAGAGAGAGAGAGAGAGAGAGAGAGAGAGAAAACUCUGCUGAGAGAAGAGGAGGAAGAAGAAAAUCAAUUCAAUUUAAAAAGAAAAAAAGAAGAAAAGAGGCUUCGCCAGUCUCUGCACACUGUGAUUUUUUUUUUGUUUUGUUUAAAGGAAAAACAUGCAGAGCUGCGCCAGGUCCUGGGGGAUCUUCUUGGCCAAGUCGGUGAGUCCCGGCGCACCGUGCAGCCACCCGGCUGUCAGGGGCCGCGUGCUCGGGAAACUUCAGUGCAGGAGCCGCGACGGCGGCGGCGGCGGCGCGUCGCCGGCGACCGCGGCCCGGAGCCUGCGCACGUCCGCGGCCGCCGGCGCCUCCAGACAGAUCGAGAGGAUCCUGCCCAGACACGAUGACUUCGCGGAGAGGCACAUCGGCCCAGGUGAGAGGGAGAAGAGGGAAAUGCUGCAUUUGUUGGGAAUCGAGUCGAUCGACCGGUUGAUCGAAAGCACAGUUCCAACCUCCAUCCGCCUGCAGUGGAGUUUGAAAAUGGAUGAUCCAGUUUGUGAGAAUGAGAUUCUGGAGUCUUUAUAUAAGAUUGCGUCGGAGAACAAAGUGUGGAGGUCCUACAUUGGCAUGGGCUACUACAACUGCUCAGUACCGCCGCCCAUCCAGCGUAAUCUUCUCGAGAAUGCAGGCUGGGUCACUCAGUACACGCCUUACCAGCCUGAGGUCGCUCAGGGUCGCCUGGAGUCGCUCCUCAACUACCAGACCAUGAUCUGUGACAUCACGGGCUUGCCCGUCGCCAACGCCUCCCUGCUCGACGAGGGAACGGCGGCUGCCGAGGCCAUGCAGCUCUGCCACAGACAGAACAAAAGAAGAACGUUCUACAUCGACCCACGUUGCCAUCCUCAGACUAUCGCUGUGGUGCAGACCAGAGCCAACUACAUUGGGGUCAAAACGGUGCUGAAGCUGCCUCACGAGAUGGACUUCAGUGGGAAGGAUGUGAGCGGCGUGCUCUUCCAGUAUCCCGACACCGAUGGCAGGGUGGAGGACUUCACCGCCCUUGUGGACCGUGCACACAAAGGAGGGGCACUGGCCUGCUGCGCCACAGAUCUUUUGGCUCUCUGCAUACUGCGUCCUCCUGGCGAGUUGGGCGUCGAUAUCGCACUGGGCAGCUCCCAGAGGUUCGGGGUUCCUCUCUGCUACGGCGGUCCGCACGCCGCCUUCUUCGCUGUGAAAGCCAACCUGGUCCGGAUGAUGCCUGGCAGGAUGGUGGGUGUCACCAGGGAUGCAACUGGUAAGGAAGUGUAUCGGCUUGCUUUGCAGACCAGAGAGCAGCACAUCCGCAGAGACAAGGCAACCAGCAACAUCUGCACUGCACAGGCUCUGCUGGCCAACAUGGCUGCAAUGUUUGCACUGUACCAUGGUCCUCAGGGACUCAAACACAUCGCUGAGAGGACACACAAUGCUACUCUGAUCCUCGCUGAAGGUCUGAAGAGAGCAGGACACCGGCUACACAGUGAUGUGUUCUUCGACACUCUGAAGAUCAACUGCGGCGUGGCGGCCAAAGACAUCCUGGAGAGAGCCGUGCAGAGAGAGAUAAACCUGCGAAUCUACAACGAGGGCGUGUUGGGUGUAUCGCUGGAUGAGACGGUGACUGAGCGGGACUUGGAUGACUUGCUCUGGGUCUUUGGCUGUGAAUCGUCAGCUGAGCUGAUGGCCGAGAAGAUGGGCGAGCGGGUGAAGGGGAUCAUGGGAAGUCCUUUCAAGAGGACGAGCCAGUACCUGGCGCACCAGGUCUUUAACAGUUACCACUCGGAGACCAACAUUAUGCGAUACAUGAAGCGCCUGGAGAACAAGGACAUCUCCUUGGUGCACAGCAUGAUACCGCUGGGCUCCUGCACCAUGAAGCUAAAUAGUUCCUCAGAACUCAUGCCCAUCACCUGGAGGGAGUUUGCCAACAUCCACCCCUUUGUGCCUCUGGAUCAGGCCGAGGGCUACCAGAAACUUUUCAGACAGCUGGAGAAGGACCUCUGUGAGGUGACCGGCUAUGACAAGAUCUCCUUCCAGCCAAACAGUGGUGCUCAGGGUGAAUAUGCCGGCCUGGCUGCCAUAAAGGCCUAUCUGAACUCAAAGGGAGAGAGCUCGAGGAGUGUCUGUCUGAUUCCCAAAUCCGCCCAUGGCACCAACCCAGCGAGCGCUCAGAUGGCCGGCAUGAAGGUCCAGGUGGUGGAGGUGGACAAGGACGGCAACAUUGACAUGGCACAUCUCAAGGCCCUGGUGGAUAAACACAAGGCGAGCCUGGCGGCCAUGAUGGUCACCUACCCCUCCACCUUCGGUGUGUUUGAGGAGCAGAUCAGAGACGUGUGUGAUCUUAUUCACGCGAACGGUGGCCAGGUGUACCUGGACGGUGCCAACAUGAACGCCCAGGUCGGCCUGUGUCGUCCUGGAGAUUACGGCUCAGACGUGUCUCACCUGAACCUGCACAAAACCUUCUGCAUCCCUCACGGUGGAGGAGGACCCGGCAUGGGGCCGAUUGGAGUGAAGUCCCACCUCGCCCCGUUCCUGCCGAGCCACCCGGUGGUGGCCAUGCAGUCGGUCAACGCCAGCAGCUCACUGGGCACCAUCAGCGCCGCCCCCUGGGGCUCCAGUGCCAUCCUGCCAAUCUCCUGGGCUUACAUCAAGAUGAUGGGAUCCAAGGGACUGCGUCAUGCUACAGAGGUGGCCAUCCUCAACGCCAACUACAUGGCCAAGAGGCUGGAGGGUCACUACAAAAUCCUCUACAGAGGCGAGAAAGGUUUUGUGGCCCACGAGUUCAUUCUGGAUGUGAGGCCGUUCAAGAAGACGGCCAACAUCGAGGCCGUCGAUGUGGCCAAGAGGCUGCAGGAUUAUGGUUUCCAUGCGCCCACCAUGUCAUGGCCCGUGGUCGGUACGCUCAUGAUCGAGCCCACGGAGUCGGAGGACAAGGCCGAGAUGGACCGGUUCUGCGACGCCCUGCUCGGUAUCCGACAGGAGAUCGCCGACAUCGAGGAGGGAAGGAUGGACUCCCGCAUCAACCCGCUCAAGAUGGCCCCUCACUCUCUGGCCUGCAUCGCAUCCUCAAACUGGGACAGACCUUACUCCAGGGAGUUCGCCGCUUUCCCCCUGCCCUUCAUCAGGCCCGAGACCAAAUUCUGGCCAAGCAUCUCCAGGAUUGACGACAUCUACGGCGACCAGAACCUCGUUUGCACCUGCCCGCCCAUGGAGGUCUACGAGUCUCCGUACGAGGAGAAGAGGGCGUCCUCAUAGAUAAAGCUCCCCUGAGGUCCAGUCCCAACGUCCGGCCUAAGCUCCAAGCGCUCAACACUGAGACUCAGACAGAGAAGGGUUGGGGUCAGGGCUCAAAACCCUACUGUGUGAAAUCGUGCUAGCCAGGGCAGAAUAAGUGCGAUGCUGAAAUUUCAGAUGUAGUUUAAUGAAAUUGUUAGACUUUUGCUCACACUCAGAAAAUAACAGCCUCUAUAUUAAUAUUUAAUUAGGUUAAAACAAAUGAAUAACCUCAGGCUCUUCAUUGGACUACAAGACCGUCUUGGCUGCUGUUCAUUUAUUUGUUUAUGAUGAUUUCAACAUUAACGUCCUGUUGUCUGUUAUGUUCCUCAAACGGAGUCAGCAGCAUAAGUACACAAACAUUUUUUUGGAAGAGCCCUCAAGCCCUGAUCCUUGGCAUAUUUAUUCUAAAAGGGUUUCAACGUCUGAGCUGGAUAUUGGGACUGUACUUUGUCUGAUUGCACCCUCUUCACCGGGGUCGUGGCGUUUACCCUACUCGAACUUUAAUGGACCAAAGGUGCAACUUCUGAGGCCGCUCCGUAACACACCUCUGAAAUACUGAGUACAGUUUUAACUUUUUGAUUCCCGCCAUCUUUAUAUAUAAAAAAAAAGUACCCCUGGUGCCUCUAUUGUGUAAAAUAACUGCCUCAACUUUCCCAUUUUGUUUUUCGAAUUCCUGAUAAACAAUACGAUAGUUUUCUUUGUAGGAUUUUGUCAAUAUGCUAUCUAUAGUAUGAAAAUGUUUUAAUGUAUGUUGCGACAUUUGUUGGUCACAGACGAAGUCUUAAUGUUGAUUUUAAUGGAAUUGUUUUCUAAUCUAAGUGUUGUCUGUAGGAAAAAAAAUUCUGUAUUAAACAUUUGUCUUUAA